GACUGCAAGACACAGAGAAGGGAAGACAUCGCCGGAGAGAGACUGGAGAAGGCAGGGGCGGAGAGAGAGGGUGAGGCCGGGGGCUGGCCAGGGGCGUCCAGGUGGGCCGCGGGGGCUGCCUGGCCCCCCUGCUCCCCCACCUCCCCAUCCCAGGGGCCCUCAAGCCCGGCCAGGAUGGCGGACUCCUGCCGGAACCUCACCUACGUGCGAGGCUCGGUGGGGCCGGCCACCAGCACGCUCAUGUUCGUGGCUGGCGUGAUAGGCAACGGGCUGGCACUGGGCAUCCUGGGCGCCCGGCGGCACUCCCGGCCCUCGGCUUUCGCCGUGCUGGUCACCGGGCUGGCCGUGACCGACCUGCUGGGCACCAGCUUCCUGAGCCCCGCCGUGUUCGUGGCCUACGCCCGCAACAGCUCGCUGCUGGGCCUGGCCCGGGGCAGCCCCGCGCUCUGCGACGCCUUCGCCUUCGCCAUGACCUUCUUCGGCCUGGCCUCCACGCUCAUCCUCUUCGCCAUGGCCGUGGAGCGCUGCCUGGCGCUCAGCCACCCCUACCUGUACGCGCAGCUGGACGGGCCGCGCUGUGCCCGCCUGGCGCUGCCCGCCAUCUACGCCUUCUGCACGCUCUUCUGUUCGCUGCCGCUGCUGGGCGCGGGCCAGCACCAGCAGUACUGCCCCGGCAGCUGGUGCUUCAUCCGCCUGCGCUCGGCCGAGCCCGGAGGCUGCGCCUUCUCCCUGGCCUACGCCAGCCUCAUGGCCCUGCUGGUGGCCGCCAUCGUCUUCUGCAACGGCUCCGUCACCCUCAGCCUCUGCCGCAUGUACCGCCAGCAGAGGCGCCACCAGGGCUCGCUGGUCCCCGGCCCCCGGGCGCGCGAGGACGAGGUGGACCACCUGAUCCUGCUGGCCACCAUGACGGGCACCAUGGCCGUGUGCUCCCUGCCGCUCACGAUCCGCGGCUUCACCCAGGCCAUGGCCCCCGACAGCAGCGAGAUGGGGGACCUGCUCGCCUUCCGCUUCAACGCCUUCAACCCCAUCCUGGACCCCUGGGUGUUCAUCCUGUUCCGCAAAGCCGUCUUCCAGCGCCUCAAAUUCUGGCUUUGCUGCCUGUGGCCGCGGUCCGUGCUCAGACACUCGCGAACACCGCUGCCCCGGCCCGCCUCCGGGAGCGGGGCCCCCGCUGCCCCCCAGGGCACGGAGGGGACCUGGGUGCCUCUGUCAGCCCCGGCCGAGGGGCGGGCGGCGGCCCCGGCGGGCGGCAGCACCGUGGGAACGCCGUCCAAAGCGGAGGCGGCCAUCGCCUGCUCCCUCUGCUGACAGCUCGGCUGGCCCCGGGGUCCCCUGCCCUCUGGACUUCCGGGGGCAGAACCCGGGGCCAGGGCUGAUGGCUGCAGAUGUCGGAGCCGCGGCCCCCGAGCUCUGGGGGGCGGCCAGCUGCUAUUUCUGCCCGUUGCGGGCGGGUGCUCGCUACGGGCUCUGGGAGGAGAUGGGGGCGUUUAUCCUGGCGCAGAAGGAAGGGUUCUCUCAAAAUAACCCGCGGCCGGCGGCCCGCUCCGGCCCUCCGGCCCCAUCCAUCUUGCUUGUCCAAAUAUUUAGAAGGGAGCAGAGUUCCCAGUGGCUUCUGUGCGCUCCGGGCUGCCGGGGUCAGAGUCCCAGCUCCCCUCCUCGUCCACGAAGGGGGCCCCACAGGGGUCGGCUCUGCCCUCCUCCAAGCCGCCAAGCAGCCCCGGCCGGCCCACCUGCGCCAGCAGAGCCUGGGGUUCUGGGGAGCACGCCUGCCUCCCCUCAAGGGGAGCUAGUGCAGGUGACAUCGCCCUGAGAGGUGAGCAGCGGGGGCGAGGGCGUGCGGACCCCACAUGGGCCACCCAGAUCGCAGAUCCAAGUGCGGGGGCUGUCCCCACACGGGCCACCCAGAUCGCAGAUCCAAGUCCGGGGGUUGUCCCUGGGGGUCCUGACUGCACCUUGUGUCCCAGGAGACCUCCUGAUGCCAUGCACCCAUUCGCUGAACAGAAAGACCCAGCGGGAGCUGCCUCUGCCCCUCCCCCACUCCUGGAGAGGCCAGGGACCCAGGGUGCUUAGGAGGGCGCUGACCAGUGUGAAAGGAAGUGAGCUGGCAUUGGGUGGGGCAGGGGAGUGGGACGGGAGCCCCAGUUCCUGUUUCCCACUCACCGCUGGGGAAAGGGGUUCUGGGAGGCCGGGUUCAAGGUCAAGAGAGGGUGCUCACCUGCCCCAGGCCACACAGCCUGCGUGGUGCAGCUGGGUUUCUGCGCACCUGCAGGGCCUGGCACCCCCGUCCCCCGGUUUCCUUCGCAGCCUGGUCUCCUGCUUGGUUCACGGGCUUGCUCUGAGGGUGAAGCCAUUCCCUCUGGAAAGCCACCUACGACCCGGGGGCAGGAGGGGAGCCCGCACGGCAGGGUCACUGUCACUGGUACCGCGCCCUGUGGUUGUUCCCCCAUGGCUCUGCAGGCAGACCUUGCCCUGGGGCUCUCCCCUCCCCCCCAGUCACCACGCUCAGGUCCCAGGCCCAGGAGACCCGCGGACAGGUCACGGAAUGUCCUAGAACGAGACAGAGGCGAUGGCUGCGCAGCCGUGUAUGUAUCCUAAACGCCUCUGACUGUAGGUUUGAAGUGGUUAAAACGGUAACUUUUCUGUCACGGGAUCUUACCCCAAUAAAGAAAAAAAA